GUUGGACCAGCGAGACGACCAUGCGAUGGUUAUGGCUCCUCUACACGAUGAGCGCUGGACCAGCGAGACGGCCAUGCGAUGGUUAUGGCUCCUCUACACGAUGACCCGGCGCUGGACCAGCGAGACGGCCACGCGAUGGUUACGGCUCCUCUACACGAUGGCCCAGCGUUGGACCAGCGAGAUGGCCAUGCGAUGGUUAUGGCUCCUCUUCACGAUGGCCCAGCGCUGGACCAGCGAGACGGCCAUGCGAUGGUUAUGGCUCCUCUACACGAUGGCCCAGCGCUGGACCAGCGAGACGGUCACGCGAUGGUUACGGCUCCUCUACACGAUGGCAGGCCGCUAGACCAGCGAGACGGCCAUGCGAUGGUUAUGGCUCCUCUACACGAUGGCCCAGCGCUGGACCAGCGAGACGGCCA